AAAAACACACACACACACGCGAUCAAGAGAAAAACAAGACACACACUCACGAACAGCGGAUAGACGCAACACAAACGCGGCGCGCGUGCUGCUGCAGACCCGAAGAGCUGUACGCAGCGCAGAGGCGCACCAUGCCUUGUGCGGACGGUGAGCUGUGCCACCAACCAGACAAGACGCCGCAAGCCCCUCAUGGCCACGUCUGUCAUGGAGGAUGUGGCGGGCGGCUCCACGGCAACUGCGGCAGCAUGGUUGGCGACAUCGAAACAAGGCGAAUCUGCUGCUCGUGCGUCGCAAGAGCUGGCAAGCGCAAAGAGAUACCAGCUGAGGGUGCUGAGGGUGCUGGGGCGGGACCAUCUCAACGCCCGACGAAGAAGAAAUUUCUUCCGGCUGCGAUGAGGAAGAUGAAACGGAAGAUGGCGGUGGCGGUGCCUGCCAUAGUGCAGGGAGAGGCCGAUGAUGAGUUUCCUGAGGUACUAUUGGGCGUGGUUCGCUUGAAAAAGAUGGACGUCCAACUUGCGGACAACCUUGGCGCCAACGAGGACCCUGAGGAUGAUGAUUCCUCGGAGGACGAGGAGGACGAUGAAGAGGAAGAAAUCGACCAACAACUGAACCCCCUCGCCCUUGCGGGCGAAGGCGAAGGCGACCAGCAGGGGGGGCAGGAGGAGGCGACACUCGCGGAGGGGGCGGCGGUGGCAAAGCAGCAGCACCAGGCGGGGGCAACUGAAGCGCCACCACCGGUUAGGCGGAGGAGCAGCGGCACACCAAUGGACGCGGAGGUUUUCGUGGUGCCACCAGGAGGCGGAGCGCAGGGGGGCGAUCCAAUUACAUCUCCAGGACUGGAGGGCGUGUUCAUCGACUCGGGGCACAUGCAUGGCCUUCGUGUGCGAGGGUCGAGCUACCUGAGGGACCGCCGCAAGAUCUCCGCCGGACCAUCCUUCGGCACCCUGGUCCGCGCAGAUCUGUUUCGGGUGGACGGGGCAAAGUGA